AUGACUGAGAAGAAACAAUUCAUUGCGACAGAACCAUGUGAUAAAAUCAAGUUCGUUGCGGAAUCGCAAGAUGAACAGAAGACGACUUUGAAAAUCACGAAUCAGAGUGAAAUGAAACAGGCAUUCAAAGUCAAAUGUACUCGAAACGAUCUAUUCCGUAUCAAACCAUCGACUGGAAUUCUCGAUUAUAACCAAACAAUCACUGUGAUCCUCAUUUACAAAGGUGGCCAAACAAAACCUCCGACUGAGAAACAACAAUUCGGAGUCUAUCACAUUCCCGCACCCGAGAAUUGCACUUGUGAAGGAGCAUGGGCGGAGCAUUAUGGACCACCACAAGGAGAACAUAAACUUAGAGUCGUCUGGAAUGAAUAA